GCAGUAGGGAGGUUUGGCGGCCAAAAAUAUAAACAAACUGGCGAAACAAGCAUUUCAUGGCAGUAAGAAAAGCGUAACCUCUGACAGAUUUACGGCAUUACGAUUAACAUCUGUGUGGUGCGAGUGAUCAGCCUGGUUUCCACUAUGAUUGUGCCAUCUGUAUUAACUCUUUUCAGCGCACCGUUAGAAAUAAUUUACUGGAUCAAAUGGAUUCUAGCAUACGUUGCAAUUCGCCUUUACAGUUUUUUCCAAAAAAGAAGAUUCAUCCCUUUUGACGUCAAAGCUCUUGGCGACCCUCUCAAACUAGGCAUUAUCAUACCGCAGUUAGAGAAAGACCUGGAGUCUCCAUUUCCAGAAUCCCAUUUACAAGAUUCUUUAGAUGAAAUUCUAUUUUACGGAGUGAAUUCCAAAUCAGAAUGCUUGCUGGUCCGCAUAGCAAGAGGCCUUAAUCAAGUAGCAGAUGCGUGGAUCUACCUGAAACUGGCAAACGGCAAGACAUAUAGUCUUACAGAGUCAGUGGGUUAUCAACAAACUUCAGACGGUCGGACUUUCUCAUCUGGUAACCUACAGAUGCACUAUCUGUUGCCAAUGAGAAGAUGGAGGAUAUUCUUUUGUGGAAUGUUGAGAGAGAUUUCUGACAACAAGACAGAUGGAGAAGAAGCCUUUGUAAAAUUUGUAUUUCUAUGGAAAGCGUCCUCUGAUAUAUAUGAUUCGACAGUGGAUACAAAUCCUGAAGGAUUUGCAAGCGCCUUUGCGAGAGCUUCGUGGAAACUACCGCUUAUACCACCCAUCCAAAAAUUAACUGACGCCCUGAACCUGUAUGCUCAAACCGGAGUUGUAACUGGAACUGUAUCUGUGAAUGAUGGGUCUGAUUAUGAAAUGUAUUUAUAUGGAGAAAAAAUUAGAAGCCUUGGAAACAGUUCUAGUUUAAUUGGUUGCAAGUUUACGACUGUAUUAGGCAGUGCUCCUUCAAUUGGACUUGGCUUCCAAUUAACAAAUGUCUCAGCGCCAUAUUCUUUCAAAAACUUGCCUGUGGGGUUUGUUGUGGAAUCAGAUGGAAAUUUGAAACCUCUAAAGGAGUUGGAUAUCAAUAUCAAACCAUUUUCGGAAAAGCAGUCUCUGAAUUCUUUUAGUGCAAAUUUCAGUACAGGAGAACGGUAUGAACUGAAUGGAAAAAUCGAAGAGCCAGUUGUUUUCUACAGCGGCCAAGGGUGGAAUGGACAUCUCGAUAUAUCAUACAUUGAAUUCGAGGUGAAAAGCAAAAAAGGAUAUGGUUUAAUGUUAACAGGGGAAGUUCGCAAAGAACCAAAGCGAAAUGUAAGGAUUUUGCCCUCCCCUGAGUUUCCAAAAAGCAUUUCUUUGACGGUGAAGUUCACCGAUGAUACUUCUCACUUCGGGGAAAUUUCUGGAGGAAAAGGCUCAUCUCUGGGAAUGUUGACACAACUGAGCAAAAAGGAAAAAUCAUUUAUUGUACCCAAAGGUAUUGUAGUGACAACUGCUGCAUAUCAAGAAUUUUUGACAGGCGAAAUUUUGCAAGCAGUAAAACACUUGGAAGAUGUGGCAUACGGCAAUCAAAAUGGAGAUUUAAAGCAAGUUUGCAUCAAGGUUGCACAUAUUGUGGAGAAAACACCUUUGCCCAAUAAAAUUUGUCACAGUAUUACGCAAGACUUGAAGGAUAUCUUCGGAGAGGAAGUAACUCAGCGGAAGUUUGCUGUUCGAUCAUCAGCAACAGGAGAGGAUACUGCAGCGAUGUCGGCAGCUGGUCAAAUGGAUACAUUUCUUGGAAUCCAAGGUCUUAACGAGAUAUUUACUGCUGUAAAGAAAUGCUGGGCAUCUCAGUUUGGUCACAUUGCAGUUGAAUACAAAAGACGUAAUGGUCAGAUUUUGAAUUCUCCGAUGGCCGUGGUCAUCCAAGAGAUGGUAGCUUGUGAGGUUUCGGGUGUGAUGUUCACAUGUGAUCCAGUUACUAAUAAUCCAUCCGUCAUCACCAUCACAGCCAAUUAUGGAUUAGGAGAGACUGUCGUAUCUGGAUCUGUAGAACCAGACACAUUUGUUCUUCGUAGAAAAGAUGGUGGAAGUCUGGAGUUAGAUGAGGUUAUUAUUGGAGCAAAGCAUCAAAGGAUAGUUAUGCAAGAUUCUGGUGGAACUGUUCUUGAAGAUAUAGACGAAAGCUCGAGAAACGAAAGUUGUUUAUCUAAAGAAACAGCUGUCAGGCUAGCAAAAUUAUCUUUGAAGAUAGAAAAAUUCUACAAGUCUACACGAGACAUAGAAUGGGGAAUUACGAAUAAUGAAAUGUACAUAUUGCAGUCUCGCCCUGUUACAAAUGUUGCAGCCGAAACUGACAAUGAAAUCAAACACGAAUUUGAUGCUCCUUUGCGUUGUGAAAAUGAGUAUUUUACAGUAGCAAAUAUUGGGGAAGUUAUGCCAGGAGCUACUUCACCACUGGGAAUGGAUGUUAUUGUGAAAUGGUUCAGAUAUAUUUUUAAAAGCAUUGCUGCUGAUAAAAAUUAUCCAGACGUAUUCUUGAACUCUAAAUAUUACAUUUCUGGGAUGUUGCCUUAUUACAACCAUAUGAUGGUAACUGUUGCAGAGCUGAUAACGCGGUAUGGAUAUGAUACGCCAGCAUCAAAGGGAUUCCAAAUGAGUAUAUUUGGUCGAAUUAUAGAUGACCCAGACCUCUUAAAAUAUGCAAAGGAAAAGAUAAAAGCAGGACCAAAGCCUACAAUUAGAAAUCGAUUGAAAUAUUAUUGGGACCUGUUCACUUAUGAUAUAGGAUACAAAAAAGCUAAGAAAGAACUUGAUAACUACCAUUUGAACUAUCUGAAGACCAAGACUGCCAAAGAAGCUUUUGAAGCCCUGUUAAAAUCCGUAUCGGAUUUUAAUAAAUUCAUUAUGUAUCAAUUUGACGGAACGGAAAGCUCUUCGAAUUGGAAUAUGUACUUAUUUCAAAUACUUUGCAAUGCGAAUGGAAGAUUUGAUGAUGAUGUUUAUAGUGAUUUUGCUAGACUUAUAGCGACGUCCUCAAAUGUAGAAAGUGCUGGUAUUCCUCAAGCUAUGCAGGAAGUAGCUAUACAGAUUGUGAAAGAUAUUGGUGCCGAAAAAUUCCGGUCUAUGACAAUUGAGGAUGCUGAAAAAUGGUUACAAACAACAAAUUCCUCAUCAGGAAAUCAAUUUAGACAGUUCCUUAAAAGACAUGGUCACAGAUGUUUGAAGGAGUUGGAUAUUCAUUCUGUCACGUGGGAUAUGAAUCCGAAAUUAUUGGUCAAGCUUUUGCAGAAUUUAGCCGGUUCUACCAGAAAAGAAAAAAAACAGGAAGAAGAUAGUAUUGAUAAAAUAUUUACACAGCUACAUGUACCUCUGAGUUUCAAAGACAAGUGUUUAUUGAGAUUUGUUUUGCCUAAUUGUCGUAGAGCUGUAAGAGCAAGAGAAGCUGGAAAAUCUUUGACCAUAAAGUCCUACCAUCAAUGGAGGAAAGGUUUCAGACAUCUUGGUAAAUUGAUGGUGUCGGAAGGACGCCUGCCAGAUGAAGAACUCACCUUCUUUCUCACAAUUGAAGAAAUUGAAGAUUUGUUGGAAACGAGGUCGCCAAGUCUCAUUUCAAGGGCAAAUUAUCGCAAGAAAAUAUUUCCAGUUGUUGAUAAUUACAAAUUUCCCGAAAUAAUGCAAAGCCUUCCAAAACCAAUUAACGAAGAAGACGAAUCAGCAGAUACUUAUGAAUUUAUAGCGGAUUUAAGUAUGAAAGGCAUUCCUGUGAGUCAAGGAGUCACUAAAGGGUAUGCUAGAGUAGCCAUGACUCUAGAAGAAGCAUCUCAACUGAAGCCAGGUGAAAUUUUAAUCACGUACUGUACCGACAUUGGCUGGAGUCCUUAUUUUCCGAUUAUUUCUGGAGUUGUGACAGAACUCGGAGGACUCAUUUCUCAUGGUGCUGUAGUUAGUCGUGAAUAUGGUUUGCCUUGCGUUGUAGGAUUGCAAGGUGCUACAAAAAGAUUUAAAACAGGAGAUUAUGUAUUAUUGGAUGGAAAGAAAGGAAUUCUUCAAAGACUACCUCAUCCGGAUUCAUAAGCAUCCGAUUAUCGUCUUAAAUUAUUUCUAUUUUCUUCUAGAAAAGCGAUCAGGGAGGAUUUGCAAUACAAUUUAUUACAAAAAAUUGAUAUUUGUAUGAAAAAUGACUUUUAAAUAAUAAAAAUGAACCC